CUCGGUACUUACCAGUUACCUCGGUAUUCAGGCUCAGUUCAUCACCUUGCCACGGCCUGUUCCCGUCGUCGGGUAAGAUCAAUGCUACGGACCAGCAUGGACACGGAGUCAGACUCGGACUCGGACUGGGAGGGGCCUGCAACGACGGACACUCUGGCCCUGUCGCUCUCUGGCAUCUCUAGUUUCUCUAGUUUUGGUCAUUAUCAAGACGCCGAUGGCGUCCGUGCAUGUUGCCUGUCGGUGGAUCCGAGUCAAUAUAGAUGGACCCUCCCUCCUCCCUCGCUAGAAAGCGACACAGUUCGCGAAACUGCGCGGUAUCCCUUCGACAACGCGUACUCGGAUGCCGAUAUCGUUUUGCGGGCCGCGGACGGUACGCACUUCUACCUGCACAAGGCCAUCCUGCGUGUUGCUUCCGUGUUCUUCGCCGAAAUGUUCUCUUUACCUCAACCAACGGUCGCUCCGGGGCCCGCCACAGGGCCGCAGGCUACAUGCGCUGAAAUACCCAUCGUUCCGGUCACGGAGGACAGCAAAACUCUGGAACUACUCCUGCGCUUGUGUUACCCGGUCAAUAGCCCGUACGUGUCGCCGACACGUACCGGUAUUUCAAUAGCGGUGCCUGUCCUCAGUGCAGCACUCAAGUACCAGAUGCCGGUCGUCGCUGCACGUAUGACUCGAAAACUAUCACUCUGUGCAUACUCGGAUCCCUUGGAAGUCUUCGCCAUCGCAUAUACACUAGAUCAGGAAGAACUAGGAGCCUACGCCGUCUGGUUAUUCACUGGUUGGGAGGACACGCCUGCCGACAAUGAUACAUUGCGGGCCCAUUCACCCGACGAGUAUUCCCCAAAGAUGGAUGAUAUUCCUGCUGCCGUAUAUUACCGACUUCUGGAGUAUCACUCGACUACGACGCCAUUGACGUCAAUGAAAGAUGCAAGGGCCGCCGCCAAACGCAUAUUUUCGGGCUCUCCUCCCUCAGAGAAACUUGACGAGGCUAAGGUGGAUCUUGGACGACUGGUGCAUCCUUUCAAUGACGCUAUCCAUGCGUGUACUGUUGUCAGCUCGUCGGACGACUCUGUGUUUCACUUGGAUCGUGCUCUGCUUGUCUUUGCGUCGCCAGCGUUCGCCAAGUUGCUCCUGUCUUCUCCGGCUACGGCGUCUGGCGCAUCCGAAACUCCUGAAGUCCAUCCUGCCACCGGAAGGACGCAUCGGUUCCCCGAAGAUGGCCGGACUCUAUCGAAACUCUUCCAGCUGUCGUACCCUAUGCCUGAUCCCGAGUUCUGCAAGUCCGAUCCGCCAGACGUCAGACUGCGGGACGCUCUCUCCCUGUUGGAGGCCGCGAAGAAAUACGAGGUCCCUCGAGCGAUCGCUUUCGCCAAACGAGCCUGCCUCGAAGCCGCGGACGCUUCUCCCAUGCGACUAUACCUGCUCGCAACGCGUUUCAACUGGGAAGAGGAAGCGAGAGGUGCUGCCUUGCGUGCAGUGUACAACACGUCGGACCAAUACGACCCGCAGAUGGAGUUCGCGUCUGCCGCAGCGUACCGCCGCUUCCUAGUGUAUCGCAGGAAAUGCCGAGACGUCAUUCUAUCUGGAGGGAAUCCUGCCAACUCCGCCUACUAUGCAUUCGGCCUACUGGAGCAAGUCUAG